AUGCCAGCGCCACCGCAGCACACACGACCGUCGCCGCCGCCCACGGCAGCGCCUCUCCUCUCCCGCACCACACUUCCCCCUCCCAUCUCAGAUCUGCGCGCUCGUCCUCCGGCAACCCACGCUGCGCGGCCACCGCCGGGGGACCUCCUGCAGCUACCGCCGGGGGAGCCCACGCUGCGCGGCGUCCUCGACCGCAUCUUCGUGCACUGGCUCUCGCUCCCGGACACCGCCGCGCUGGGGAGGACCUGCACAGAAGGCCAAGGCGAGCAGCGGUGGGGCGGUGGGGUUCGCGAUGCUGCCCCCGAUGAUGCUGCAGGGGGCGCCGCUGUGCUGCCGCUCUCCCCGAGGUUUGGCUGGGAAGGGAAAUCGUCUGGAACCCUGGAGCUGCUCGAGAAAGGGAACGUCACUCCAGACUGCACAUGGAAAGGUCGAUGGGGGCUGCAGCUUAGGGGGAGGUUCUGUUCUCAGAUAUCAAUGCUGACGAGAUAUUGUUCAUGCAAUCUGAAAUUUAGAGCUGUAGUGAUGUUCCAUGCAGAUAGUGUUCAUAUCCAGAUACAGAUAGUGUUCAUGCAAUCUCAUAUUUAA